AUGGCCUCGUCCAACUCCAUCGCCACGAGAGCUGCCACGACCGACACGACCUCAAUCGGCAACCGUGUGCGAGCCGCGGGCGGAAUAGCGAGUCAUGCCUUGGCGAGAAGCUUGCAGACGUUGCGCAGGCUGGCGCUUGGGAGCAGCGCCGUUGGAGUGAAUGAGAAUGUCAAGAGGAACCGACAUCUGGGCGGCGGCGCAAUUGCUGGAAUCACCGUCGGCGUGGUUAUUGCGGUUGCACUGCUCGCCAUCUGCCUGUACCCAUGCUUCCUCUAUUACAAGCGUCGUCGAAGCGGCCAUCCACACCCGCCUUUCGAUGCCGAGGUUGGCGUUGCCGGAGCCGGGCACGGUAGCAGCGCUUCUGGCGGAGCAAACACCCCUCCUAAACGCCUCUCAUCGAGCGAUUCAUACAAGCAAAGGGGAGACUUGACACGCGGACGGGAAGGAGAUGGAGGGAGCGCCGACUACGGCAAUUGGGAAACCCCCAUCGACCACGGCAUCAACAAUGGCUAUUCUUUCCCUCUCAACACGGCAUACCUGCAGCCUGGAGAUCCCGGGUUCGUUGAUGGCAGCAUUGCCGAUGAGUACCGGGUCAAGGCGCAACCAUUCCCACUGCUAGGAUGCGAUGAUGGCGAGUUUGCACCACCGGUCUCAGACGAUCCUGAGCCUGGCGUUCUCAAAGGCACCAGCGCCGACUAUUACAGUCCUCAUAUCCCAUCCGAGGCCUUUGGCAUGGUGGCCGAGCCUGACAUGCCGCUGGACUCGCCUCUGCAGGCACCCUCUUCCCGUUCCAGCUCUCUUCGCCAUAACAUGAUGCAAAUGUUCCGUCGUAAGACCAGAGACGCAACGCUUGAUUCUACCAUUUCACGAACAACCAUCCCAGAGGGAGCUCCUCGUUUUGGUGAUGCUCAGCUUGAUGGGGCGACUCCGCUGCAAGCCAUAACGAGUGGCGACCAUGUCGAGUCUCCUACAAACCUCUCGGUUGCCUCCCUGCCCCUCUCAAACCACCAACCAGACGCUGAAGCUGCGACUGAAGCAAGCCUGGCGCCAGUCAGCCCUCCCGUUAGUAAUGCGCCAGAGCCUUCUUCCAAAGCCUCACCUCCAGAAUCAUCCUCAUUCCCGUCAUAUCAUCAAUUCCGAAAAUCUCCCUCUCCUCCUGUUGCCGCCCCCGGAACCGUAAACCCCAUGGACAUCAUGCCCGCCUCCACGGAAACCGAGGUCUGGCAUAAAACUGAGCACCAGCUCUACGAGGCCUUCCAUAAGCCGUCGCGAAGCGACCCUCCCAUUUUGUCACAGGAUGGACUCGCCAACGGCGCCGUUAUGCCGUCUCCAUCUCCGACACCCCCUGAAACGCAGCUUCAACCAACCUUUAUAGUACAAACUCCCGGCUCUACAAACCACACCGAAUUCAUUCCUGAUAAUGCCAUCACCAACGGCGACAGCGACCAAGCACACACUCAACUCGACAACGGCGAUGUCGUCAUGCUGGAAGCAACUCUCCCUCCGAACCACGACCACAGCUUGACAGCAACAGACGGCCGGCACCCAAGCUACCCCUCCGAUCAUUCCACCCCACUGCCCCCCUCUUUUACCGAUGUUUCAUCACAGAACACGCCCUCGACCGGGUUAGAUACGCCAUCACCCGAGUCCGUGGGAAGCUCUGAUUUUCGACAUAGCGCAUCGCCACACUCGGGCGCCGGUAGCCACUCUCCCAGGACCGGAGUCUACCGGUGCGAUGAGCCUGGGUGUAACCAGUCCUUUGACCAACCACACAAGCUCAAACAUCAUCAGCGCUAUCACAGUAAAGACCACAAGUGCCCCUACCCAGGCUGCGGCAAGGGCUUUGGCACCAAGACCCAUUUGCAAAGACAUAUCAAUGACAGGCACGAGAAGAAGAAGAAAUUCCAUUGCUCUAUUGCUGGCUGCGAUUAUUCCAGAGCGGGCGGCAAGGCUUUCCCCAGAAAAGAUAAUUGGAAGAGGCACAUGAUCAAGAUUCACAAUAUUGAACAGCAACAACUUCCAGAGCCGAUUGAAGUCGACAUGGACGUAGACGGAAUAUAACGGAGAGAAGAAGAAAGACUCUCAAUUUUAGGAAAGUGGGAGGUGAGAGGCGUGAGAGGAGAUGCAUAGAGGAAUCUAUUCUCUGCUGGUCCAUGAGUAUACCACCUAGGAUACCCGCUUGCGCGAGGGUGUUCCAUGAUGACACUUUGAAACUUUCAUGAAUACCCCGUCUAUUGCAAGCCGCAAAGACGAAUCGUCAAAAAGGCGUUUCUCUCAAUGGCAGCUUUUAAAACACGGCUGGCGUUUUAGCUCAAUAAGUGAGCAGUCCGUGGGGAAACAGGACCCAAUCAUAAGCUAUAUAUAUUAUUCUAUUUUUUUUUAUUUAACAACCCUGGCAGGCCUCCAUCCUUGCCUGCAUGUUAUGGCGUUGGC